CGUGUGCAACAUUUCACUUCCAUUUUUCCGACUGUUUGGGGUGGAGCCUUUGUUGAUUUUGACCAAAGAUGUUAAACCCACGCAGCAUGUCUGGGGGGAACAGACAAGGAAGGGGGAGGGGCAUUCUUGGACAGUAUUACCCCCCUGGGACAAACAUUGGCGCCCAGGCCUCGGGAUACGGUGGGGGAUACUAUAAUGAUGGGGGAUACGGAGGGGGAGGCUACGGUUCCCCAGGCCUGGACAGACAACAGGAGUCCCAGCUUCUACAGCUUUUGAAGAGACAAAGUGAUGUGAUAGAAAAACUAUCCGAACAAGUCGGGUUGGACAAUUUGUCACUGCCAGGAUACCCCGGGCCUGGCAAGUAUGGAGGGAAUUAUGGGAGCUACGGUGGAUAUGAUGAUUAUGGAUAUCAUCACGAUUAUCCAUAUAUGGACAUGGGAUACCCAGGAAUGAAUUAUGGGAUGCAAGGAUUUGGUCGCGGAAGAGGAAGAGGGGGACAGAGAGGUGGCAACCAGAACAGGCAGCCUGGCGCGCAACAAAGGCAAGUGAAGAAAGGCAAGUCUGGGUAUCCAGUCAAGACACCAGUCAACAUUGAGCCGGGGCAGUAUGAAGACAAUUACACUUUCUACUGCCAUGCCUGUAAAUACCAGUGCACGAACAAUGCCGACCGUAAGAACCACAAUAAGGGACACAAGCACCUGCAGCGGAUGGAGGAAGUCAACCGUCUGCCCAAACACCAAGCUCAGCCCAUCCUGGACAAGAUUGCCGAGGUGAAGGCGUUGAGGGAGAAGGAGAAGAAACUCAUGCAAUGCAUUAUCUGUGAUAUCGACCUCCCUGUCCCCUACUCAGACCACAAGAACCAAAACCAACACAAAAACCGGAUGAGACAGGUGAAGGCCGGUUGUGGAUGCUGCAAAACAGGAGCCUUUAAAAACUUCACCGAGUUCAAGGAACACAGGCAGCUUGAAGAACACAAACAGAACGCGGAGUCUGCUAGGGAGAAGUUGGAGGCGGAGAUUGAGAAAUGUACCGAUGAAGCUACUUUCCCUGCUUUUGAAGAAGGGACACCCCUAGGACAAAUGUACAUCCAGAGGGUGGAAGGAUUCUACUGUACGCUGUGUAAAAAGUUCUUCCUGUCCGAACAGGAAGCCAAGAUUGAGCAUUGUGGUAUCAGAGCUCACUACAACAAGGUCAAGAUGUCCAAAAUCAAAUCUGAAGAAACAGAGGAAAAAACGUCGGAUUCGGAGGCGGCCAAGUCGGACAGCGCUUCGGCUAACAAUAUCAACCAAGAAGCAACUAAUGGAAACUAGUUAUCUUCCUUGUCAGAUAUCACUCAUUGCCAUUCAUCAUGGUUAAGGCAAUGCCUGCUGCCUCCAAAUUAUCUCUAAUAUCAUUCAAAUCAUGAUUCAUCUGUCGGAUUAAGCACCAUGGGAAUUCAAUAGCCCUGUGUGCCGAGGAUGGUCUCUGUGUCAUUGAUCAAUUACAGUACACCCUCACUGCAGCAGGCAUAAGCCUCAACCGUGAACAAUGGUGACCUUGAGGAUGACCUUGAGGAUGACCUUGGAUUGUGAUGACCUUGGAUUGUGAUGACCUUGGUGAGAUGAUGUUUGGGAUGACGAUGGCAAUGAUGCUGUCUUGGCGUGGGUGUCAAAAUGUGAUGCUGCAACAACUGAACUGAAUGGAAGAAGUCAGAAUUCAGCAAAGUUUUAUAUAUUUACUGUAUUAUCAUGAUAAUUGUCCUGUAUACUUUACUACAGAAUUAAGACUAUUUCUAAUAUGAAAUGAAUUUUUAACGUAGAAAUAAGAAAUUUGUAUAUUAUUCAAACGAAUUGAAUAGUUGAAAACAUGAUUAGUUGUGUCAAAAAUGAGUAACAUGGCUACAUUUAUGCAUGUUUUUGAAAACUGAAGCUUGACACUUGUUUAUUAUCAUAUUCAGUUAAGUUGUGAUAAGUUAAAGUUUUUUAUUUUUCUUACUACUUGUUGUGUUAAAUUGUAUUCAAUAUGUAUAUUCAAGUUUGGGGUUUGUUAGUAUUUUAAAGAUGUUAUGUAAAUCUCUUGAUACUCACAGUAAUAUAAUGUAGAAGUAUUUCAUACACCUGAGCAGGGCUCAUCAACUUGAAAGAAAGACCUGUGACAUGUUUAUUUCAACAUUAUGGUUUAAUGUACCUGGAUUGGAAUAUGCCUGACCCCCCUCAGGUCGAAAUGAGACUGGCCCUAAUUGUGUCAUGAAUAUUCAUGUUUAUCAAGUCCAGGUUUGACAAUAUAUAGUAUCAAAACUUUGCUGAAACCUGACUUACCACUGUGAAUAUUAUACAUACUGGAUUCCUAUAACUUAAUUGAUAAUAUUUUGUUUAUAUAUUUUGAUUAUUAUGUUUUCAUGUUUUGUAUAUUUGUCUUUUCAUGCCUAUGCGUUUCACGCAGUUUUUUCUGUUAAGCUUCUGUCGUUGAUGCUAAGUACCAUGUUGUGAUGCUCUGUCAUUACAAUGGCUUACUUACAUAUUAUGAUCGGAAAAACAUCAAAGUUCUUCAGAGAAUUUGAUGGUUCCAAUUUGUGCAUGGGCCAAAGACAACUGACAUGGAUAGAUAUUUAAAGGUUGGUUUGAUUUAGACCUGACCUGUUUCUCUCAUAAUGGAAUUUUUCACUCAUAUAUUUCGAGUAGUUUAUAUAUUAAUUCCUUCAUGAGAAUUUUUCUAUGUGUUUAGACUCUUGUGAAUGAUUUUGGCAGAUAGACCAAAAUUUAUCCACUUUUUGAGGGAUUUUCUGGAUUUUUAUGUUGUAUGAAAAAAAUCUAAAAAAAAAAAAUUCCCUUCAGUGUUUUUAAGGGAAUGAUUGUUAUUUUUUAACUUUCUGUUUGUUCAUUUUUGAUGGAGUAAUUCCAGAUGACAAUGACACAAAAGACCUUUACGUUAGUUUUAUCAACACCUGAAGAGAAAUCUACAAGUAGGAAGGAAAGUUAGAGAAGUGCAGUUUGAAAACAAUGUUUAUCAAAGGGAGGUCACUCUCAUUACUUCUCGAUGUUUUCAAACAAACCACAGCAAUUGUUUACACAAUACCAUGUUGUGAAAAGAACGCUGUGGUGACAAAAAGGUUGAUUUGAAUACUGACAAAGGUCUUAGAAGAUUGUGUCACAUUUCUGAGAUGUAACCAAAUGUGCUGAAAUAUUUGGGGUUGGUGUCAUCCACCCCGAUAUACAAUUACUCUUUUCAUGUAGUGUUUUUAUCGACUAUAUUUUUCAGCACUUGGCACUGCUUUCAGCUUGAAAGUUGCUUUACGUUUGGAGCAUGCUUUCCUAUGAAUAUUUUGAUUUUUUUCCUCGCUAUGUUGUCUCCAUCUCGUCCUGGUAGACCUUGACCCACACUCACACACACUCGGAAUGUUGCAAAGAUGCAAAAUAUACAAUAAAAUAUGCAGUUUGAUCAUAUGCUUUACUGACAUAUUUCGGAGAAGAAAGUGUGUUUUCAAUUUAGAGCAAGGUUACCUGUAGACAUAACCAUGCUAAAUUUAUAUUGGGAACUGAACGUGCUGCUUGAGGUUUUAAGUGUUUGGUUUAGCAUGGCUACAUCUACAUGUAACCUGGCUUGAAAUUGAAAACACAGAAUUUUUUAUCUCAAUGUAACAGUGACGAAACCAAAUGCAAACUUCGUAAAAAUAUUGAGCGCAGUGACAUGGGUUUAGUCCAUUGUUUGAUUGUUGAUUUCAGUUCAGGAAAACUGAUAACAGCCUUAAAACAAAUAUGGCACAUCAUGUGCUUGAACAAUAUUUCUUUACAUUAGGGGGCAUGGGUGGCCCAGUCGUCUAAGGCGCCGUGAUUCGCUUUGCAGAGUUGCGUCGCUUGGGCACACCAGAAACCUAUGAUUGUGGGUUCGAAUCCCGGUUCGCCCCGAUUAUGUUUCUAGGUUUUUCAGCACCAUACCCGUGCUCGUGGGUUUCACCGAAGCGGUAAACGUCUGAGACCUGCAUCACUUCGGGCAUUCCUCCCUCCUUAAGCUCCCCCGCCAUGAUAUAACUGGAAUACUGUUCAAAGCGGCGUCAAACCCAACUCCCUCACUCCCUCACUUGACAUUGAUAUGCCUUACUCUCAGACACAGAGAGUUUGUUGUACAACUACUCUGAAAGCCAGCAUGACGUGGGCACCCCUGAAGAAAAAUAAGCAGUAGUGGUAAUUGUGAUUUGGUACCUCUGAUACACAAAUCAUCAACUGUAUACUUCCAAAAUUGAGGAAGUUGCUUUCAAGAAAUUAUGAUUUUAAUGUUCUUUUUCCCUUUUGGCAAAUAAAACAAGAAAUCUAACUGGUCUUGGCACAUUACCAUAGGUAUUUAAUAGUCUGAAAUUACUGAAACUCCUUGACUGUAACAGGACAAAUUUGUCAGAUAAGUUGAAUUUUGAACAGAAUGUAAGAAAUAUAUAGAAA